AUGCCAGAUUCAAAUACACUCGAAGACAGGGUAGUCUCUCUCGAGGUAAGCUUCAAAGACAUGCAAAAACUUAUUAGAAGAAAACAAUUGGCUGGUUUUGAAGAUAAAAAUAUACACGUAACUCUGCAUGGUGCAGAUUUCGCCAUUACAGGAUUGUACAACAGAAAGAAUUUAAAAGAAGUGGAAGAUGAUUUUGGACGUAAAAAAACUUAUACUCCGAAGGUAGAAAAGCCUUUGCCUAAUCUCAUAACUUUCUACAUCAGAAGAUUUAAGGAAAACCUGACAUACAAUGUUCUAUGGGCCUUUGUACACGUGCUUGCAGCUAUUGCCAGUGGUUAUUAUAUCAAGACUGCUCUAGAUAGUUGGCAAUCAUCCCCAGUAGUACAAGCAACGUCUAACAGCCAGGUUCACAUUGACAAUUUGCCAUUUCCUGCACUCACUUUCUGCUGGCCUUUCCAAUUUCAUAGUGACUAUGAUUUUCGUGGAGAUAUUGAAAACUGUCUUGACUGUGAAAACCAUGUUUGUACUCUCAACAGUGACACAUGCAAAUACAAGGAAAUGAGAAGACUCGUGUUGGCUCACCAAAUGUGUCUAAAAUAUGGUGAUCAAAAUUCCCUACCGCCAAAUAUUUGGAGCCAAGAGCACGUUCAAGAUAAUUUUGGUGAAGAAGAGUUUAACGAAUAUUUAUCGGAACUUGUACCUUCGUGUGAUUCUCAGUCUCUGAUCGCUCGAUUGGGAAUAAAAUCGGCGCCCGAUCUUAUACAGUCCAGAUGUGAUAGCGAUGUGUUUCAGCAGUUUUAUUCGCCUCAGAGAAGAAUAUGCAUUACUUAUAACAGUUUGCGACACAAAGACAUCCUUCAAGAUGACGUAGUUACAACUAUACCGAUGGCUAAUACGGUUCCAAACAAAGGCCAGCUUUGGACACUCGAUAACAUGAUGGAAUUCAAAGGAAGUUUAAACUCUACUCCCAUAUACGGUCUACCCAGUUACGAAAUGUCACCUAAUAUACAAUUAAAUAACUCUGAGAACAUGUGUGAAUUCACGGUCAACGAAUUAAUUUCCAUUGUGAUGCACAAUCCAAACGAAAUACCCUUGAAUGCUAAUUAUGGUAGUGACAUACUUGUGCAUAAUAAGAUUAAUGUAAUUAUCUUGAUAACUCCUAGGAUAACCUUAGCGAGGGACUUGGAGCAGUACACGCCCCAACAGAGAGGCUGCUAUUUCGUCCACGAGAAGAAACUUACGAUGUUCAAAUUUUAUACGAAAUUUAACUGCGAUGUUGAAUGUUAUAUCAACUCCACCAUCAGUUCGUGCGGAUGUGUCCCCAUGUUAUACCCGAGGCCAAACAAUUCUGUGAAGGUUUGUAUUGGAAAAUGUGAACCGAGUGUGCAAAACUGUGAUUGUUUGCCGGACUGCAAUUCUCUCAAGUACGAAUUAGUGACAAAGGAUUUACCGAUGAAUGAAGAGGUAAUAGGAAAUAUCACUUAUUUUGGUGGCGCACAACUAUGGUUUACGGAAAACUAUUACUACACAAAUGUCCGCUACAGCAUCACAAGUGCCAAAGAGUUCCUGGCCUACUCACUCGGCGUGCUGGGAGCGUUCCUGGGGUUCAGUGUUACUUAUAUAUUUUUCAACGAGAACUAUUUCUACACAAAUGUCCGCUACAGCAUCACAAGUGCCAAAGAGUUCCUGGCCUACACGCUCGGCGUGCUGGGAGCGUUCCUGGGGUUCAGUGUUACUUGUGUGUGGAAACUCACAUACUUGGGUGUCGCAAGACUGUUUCAACAUGGGUCAGUGAUCGCAGCAUUGCUGUUCAAUACGUACUCUGCCAAACUUCCAAACACUAACUCUAUGUGUCACAUGACACUCUAG